AUGUUGAGAAAACAGCCCAAACGACACAGAGUUAUACCUCCCGAAGAACGGAAAAAAGUUUCGAAAGCAUGUAAUAGUUGCAGGGAAAAAAAGUUUAAGGUACGUGUUUAUUGCGUUUAGUGUUUAGAUCUGAAAUUUGUAUAUAAUUACUAAUUGGAAACAAGUGUAAUGGAAAAGAGCCAUGUUUGUUAUGCUCACGUAAAGGUCUAGAAUGUUUGUACUGUCCUAUAGAUCGUAGGUCGUUAAGGGGGAAACUAAAAUUAAAUAAUGAUAUCCAAAUUGAUAAAGAACGAUCCACUGAGAAUAAUGAUACAUCUAGUUCUAGUGAUUCAACUCAAACUGAAACCGUGGUUGAUGAAAUACACCGAAGUCAUUAUAUAAAUAAAUCCAGAAUACCUUCUAGUUUACAGCCAUUAUUGACUUUUCCCGUUACAGUUGAAAAAAAUAGUACGAUAAACUCAAAUAAAAAAGGUCGAAAAAGAUCAAUACCAAUUGGCAUGGAAGUGUUGCCUAAUCAGAAUGGAGGACAUACUAGGCUUCCACUUAAUUCAGCUGGGAAUUUGCGCUAUUUCGGUGAAAGCAGCCCGCUGUCAUUGUUACAAGAAUGCCGAUUUAUAUUCGCCAGAGUUAUUGGUGUUUCUAAGUUCACAGAUGAUCCAUCAAAAGAGCUAGUUAUAGAUGAGCCUAAUAGAUCAACAGUAAGACACCCUCUUCAAUUACCCAGAAGGGAUCUGUGUAAUAUUUUGGUGCAAUUUUUUGAAGAAAACAUUAAUGACACACACUAUAUAUUUGAUAUGAAGUAUUUUAAAGAUAACAUUAUCGACAGAAUAUAUGAUAACCCAAUAUCUAUUGAACAGUCUUGUAUUUGCUUACUUCAUUUGGUUCUUGCAAUUGGUGCAUUUUAUGCAGAAAUAUCUCCUUCAUGCCAAAUAACGGACCUUAAUGUAGUUGACUCCGCGGAGUUUUUUGAUAGCUCUUUAAGUCUUAUGAGAGAUUCAGUCUAUGAUGGUAGUUUAUGGUUAGUUGAAGCAAAUUUCUUACAAUAUUUCUAUUACCAAUCUUGUUGCAAACCAAGUUCUUCUUGGAUGCAUUUGGGAAUUGCGAUAAGAUCGGCCCAAGCUUUAGGAUUACACAGAAGGGUAGUGAACGAACGAUUUAAGAAUCCGCUUUAUGUUGUACAUAGAAGACGAUUAUGGAGAAGUCUAUUUAUAUGCGAUAGAAUAUCAUCUAUUAAUCUUGGAAGACCACUUGCUGCCAACGAUUAUGACUGGGAUGAUCAAUGUAUGAAUUUUAUUGCUGACUCUAAAGAAAAUUUCAGGCAGAAAUGCCAAGAUAAAAUUUCAAAGAUUGCUCAUGAUCGAAUCGUUGAAAAUAUCUAUCGAGAUGGUGUAAUUAAUAUAAGAAGGGCGAAUGAGCUAGCAAUAGAACUCAAAACUUGGUCUCUAAAUCUACCACCCGAUUUAGACCUAAGUUUUACUUUGAAAAAAUUCAAAUGCAAUUAUAAUGGCGAUAAUAAUCUAUUAAUGAAUGUUCAUAUGGCCCAGUUUUAUGGAAUUAUGUUAUUAUGCAGACCGUUUUUAAUGUAUAUAAUAGUGAGAAAGUUAAAACCUGGAACAAAGAGUGAAUUACAAGACAAUUCGUCACUCCUCAACUUUUGCAAGGGAUGCAUCAAAUCAUCAUUUUUAACAAUUAAAUUAGUCAAUUAUUAUGUGGAGAAUACUACUAAUAAUUUAGAGCUGUUCGUAGCGAUCAACGGAUGUUUUUUUGCAUCUGUAAUUUUGGGACUAAGUUUGUUGGAAACAAUUAAGCAAUCACAACCUGACGCGCGAUAUGUGAAUGUUUUAUUUGAUUCUUUACAUAUUGCCAGAAAGAUUCUAUAUUACUAUGGAUCCUUCAAUGCCACUUCUGAAAGAUGGGGUGGAAAUGUGGAUAAUAUGCUAGCGGCUCUUUCAGAGACGCAAAACCAAUACUCGAAAUUAAUUCCCGGGAAUGCCUCAACAUCUAAUCAAACUGACUUUGAAACAUUUAAUGAAGAAAUAAUUUCUCUCGAUGAUGAAGAAUUCAGUUUGAAUAAUUUAAUGAGAUUUCAACAAACUUUUGUUCCUUCCAAUACUGAUAUGAACUCCGAAAUUUUCAUGUAUAGCGAGGAUGUAGCAAAACAAAACAAUGACACUCAGUCAUUAGAUGUCUUCAUGUACGACUUUUGGCAAAACCAACAGUCGAUAUGA